GAUAGAGUUACCUCUGCCCCACGAACCAUUGUGAAAUCUCGCGAAUAACGCCGCGAUGUGCCAUGUGUGCAGUGCGCAAGUCCUGAAGCUCCAGAUAUGGAAUGAAGCCCCACCACUUUCGAAGAAAGCAUUAAAAAAACAAGCGAAAGAGCAAGAGAAGGCUGCGAAGAAGUCUUCGAAGCAGAGUGCUGAAAAUGCUAACAAAGCAGAUGGAGACGCAGAAGUAGAUUACUCUCAAGGAAAAUAUGGAAAAAUGGAAAUGCUCCAGUCAAAAGAAAGGAUGGACCGUAACUUGGCGAGGGUCAAAGACCUAACACCAGAACUCGCAAAUCAAAGCAUCUGGAUUCGUGGACGGCUGCAUACCAGUCGUGCAAAAGGAAAACAAUGUUUCUUUGUGCUGAGGCAACAACAGUACACUGUGCAGUGCCUGGUUGCUAUGUCAGAAACCGUGAGCAAGGCGAUGGUCAAAUUCUGUGCAGCAGUUACGAAGGAAUCAUUACUGGAUGUUUGUGGCAUGGUACGAUGCUCUCCACAGAAGAUAGAAGGCUGCACACAGCAGGAAGUCGAGCUUCACAUUGAGCAGCUCUUUGUUGUGAGCGCAGCAGAACCAAGACUUCCACUACAAGUGGAGGAUGCAGCAAGGCCCGAGACCGAAGAUGAUACUGACACACUGAACAUUCGUGUCAAUCAAGACACACGUCUGGACAAUCGUGUUCUUGAUCUCAGAACUCCUGCGAAUCAAGCCAUCUACCGCCUCCAGGGAGGUGUUUGUAGCCUAUUCAGAGAAAGUCUCGCCACGCGUGGUUUUGUGGAAAUCCACACACCAAAGAUAAUUUCAGCUGCCAGUGAAGGCGGCGCUAAUGUAUUUGAGGUGUCGUAUUUCAAGGGCAGUGCUUACCUAGCGCAGUCGCCACAAUUGUAUAAGCAGAUGGCUAUUGCUGCUGACUUUGAGAAGGUUUUCACCAUUGGAGCAGUGUUCAGAGCUGAGGACUCCAAUACGCAUCGUCACUUGUGCGAGUUUGUCGGGCUUGAUUUGGAAAUGGCAUUCAACUAUCAUUACCAUGAAGUUUUGGAUGUAAUUGGACAGAUGUUUGUGGACAUUUUCAAGGGACUGAGAGACAGGUUUGCAGACGAAAUAGCUGCUGUAAAUAGGCAGUACCCUGCACCACCUUUCCAGUUUCUCGAACCAAGCUUACGCUUGGAGUAUCCCGAGGCAGUUGCAAUGCUCCGUGAGGCAGGGGUGGAAAUGGAUGAUGAAGAGGACCUUAGCACACCAAAUGAGAAGCUUCUCGGCAGACUUGUCAAGGCCAAGUAUGACACAGAUUUCUAUAUCCUUGACAAGUAUCCUCUGAAGGUGCGGCCAUUCUACACUAUGCCUCACCCCCACUCCCAGAAGUACUCAAACUCUUACGACAUGUUUAUGCGAGGAGAAGAAAUCCUUUCUGGUGCACAGCGAAUUCAUGACCCAGAAUUUUUAACAAAACGUGCAAAGGAGCAUGGAAUUGAUCUCGAGAAGAUUAAGGCAUACAUAGACUCGUUCAGAUAUGGAGCGCCCCCUCAUGCUGGUGGAGGAAUAGGUCUAGAACGUGUCACGAUGCUGUACUUAGGCCUGGACAACAUAAGGAAGGCAUCUAUGUUCCCAAGGGACCCCAAGAGACUGACUCCUUAACAGAACAUUGAGACCUAAGCAGAAACUGUGUCAUGUUACGGGACAUUUACCCGUGUCAUCCGGCCUUCUGCAUCUCAAGGUUAGAGUGGAAAAGGAUGAAUUGUUAGCAUGUUAUCUAACUCUUUUGAAGUGAAUGUUGGAAUUACAAAUUUGGAUUCUUUGUUCAUUACUGGGUGGUGCAGAUAGACAAUAAGAAAUUGGAUAAUUGUCCUUUUGUAGUGAGGCCUAUCAAAAUAAAACGUUCACAAACUUUUA